AUGGCUGCGAAUACUCGCUACCAGCCCGCUCCCCAGCGCGACUCGUUUGAUGAGCCUGAAUACUCUCAGGCCCCACCCGCCUAUGGCUCCAACGAUGCAACGGCGUCCGCUGAACCGCGAUCGGAAGAUGACAAUGUGCCAGACGACUUCAAGUUUGGAGGCACAGUCGCUGAGGCAACACUCCCUAUUCGAAUGCAGUUCAUUCGCAAAGUAUAUUCUAUCUUAACCGUCCAACUCCUCUUGACCACGGUCCUCAGCAGCAUAUCGUUCUUCAGCGAAUCUUACCGUAAUUGGAUCCAUGAGCACUUCUGGGUGAUGAUCGUGUCUCUUGUCGGCGCGAUCGGGUUCAUGUUCCUGACCUACUGGAAACGCAAGAGCUACCCGACCAAUCUGCUGUUCCUCUCCGGCUUUACCGCGUUCGAAGCAUACGCCAUUAGCGUCGUGACCUCUUAUUACAAUGCACACAUUGUCGUCCAGGCGCUAGUUAUCACACUAGCCAUCUUCGUCGCCCUGACUGUGUUUGCCUGCCAGACCAAGUAUGACUUCACCCACUGGAUGCCGUACCUGUUUGGCGGACUGUGGUUGUUGAUCAUUUUCGGUUUUAUGGCCGCCUUUUUCCCUUACAACAGCUCUGUGGAGCUUGUCUACGGAGGCGUCUCGGCGCUUAUUUUCUCGGGCUAUGUCCUGGUCGACACACAGCUGAUUAUGCGCCACUACCAUAUCGAGGAGGAAAUUGCCGCUGCCAUCUCUCUGUACCUGGAUAUCAUCAACCUGUUCCUCAGUAUCCUGCGCAUCCUGAACUCGCAGCAGAAUAACUAG